AUAAUAAAUAUUAUAAAGUUGGUGAAAAAAAUUUUUGAAGCAAAAUUGGUGAAAUAUAACAAGACAGCAUUCUUUACUUAUUUCUUAGGUACUUUGAGUCUUUGACUUCCAAUUAAAAUAAAUAAAUAAAUAAAUAAAUAAAAUAAUAAGAGUGAUGUUAUAGCCACCCAAGUGCUAAACUAUAUGGUAUAUUUUUUUAAGCGUGACGUGUAUUUUGUAUUUAUUUAAGAAAAUAUGAAACAUGACUGCUUCAUGCUAUUAUACCAACACAACUUGUUUCCAUGGUGUCUCUCUUCUCUAGCAAAUUUCCAGCUUCCAUGAUCAAUGAAAUAUUAAUUCAUAUUCCUUUUUUGCAAAAUAAUUAUUUGUCUCAAUUCAUUUCAUAUUUGUCUUGCCUUUUGUUUUUGGUUUGGUGGGUUCCCCAUUGACCAUGGCAACUCAAGCUUCCAAGGAUAAUAAUCACCAAGGAACUAGCACCAUUGAAAAUAAAGCUGAUAUUUCAAUUCAAAAGGGUAUGACAUCAUUUGAAAUAACAGAGGAAGUCCCAAGUGAACAACAAAGAACAAGGCAAAACCUUACCUUAGAGACACCAAAAAAAACUCAUGAAGAAGCAAAAGAAGAUUUUUUGAGAAUAAACAUACCACUAACUCCAUCACCAAGAAAAGUGAUAUUUUCUCCUUGCACAAGUCCUGGUUAUUUCAUUCCAACCAAUGAAUCUCCUGGUCCCUCUCCUUCUAGUUCUAAAACUAGAUCAACUCUUAAAAAAACACUUAUUCCUAAACUCAGUUUUAAAUUUAAGAACACAACUUCUGAGAUUGAAAAAGCCGCUUUCCUUGCACUUGGAGGUUCGUCUGCAGUGCCACAAAAGAAGCCUUUUCUUUCGAGGACAUUGUCGCGUAUGAAAUCUAGAGGGAGGAAAACAUCUUCGUUACCGGUAUCACCUGUUCCUCGUUCAACUCCAGUGUCUGUACAUGGAGGGAAAGCUUUUCCAACAAUGGCUAGUGAGAAAGAACUGCAAUUACCAAUUCAUCGUUCGCGAUCUGUUCCUGCAUUUACAGAAGAUACUCCUGUAGGUGGCAUGUUUCGUAUAGUUCGGAACAUACCGCAAUUGAAUGAGAAAAUUGCCACCACAUCAUCUGCAGCAUCUCCAACUAGUGAAAAUGUGGAAACUGAGGAUGAAGGUGAAGAUAUUCCAGAAGAAGAAGCUGUUUGUAGAAUUUGUAUGGUUGAAUUGGGAGAAGGUGGUGAUACUUUUAAAUUGGAGUGUAGUUGUAAAGGUGAGCUUUCACUAGCACACAAAGAAUGUGCAGUUAAAUGGUUUAGUAUUAAAGGUAAUAGAACAUGUGAUGUGUGCAAACAAGAAGUUCAGAACUUACCUGUCACUCUUUUAAGACUUCAUCAAGCUAACUUGCAAUCUAGCAGAGGUCACUUAGAUGAAUCUUCUCAAUACAGGGUUUGGCAGGAUGCCCCCAUUCUUGUCAUUGUCAACAUGCUGGCAUACUUUUGUUUUCUUGAGCAGCUUCUUGUUUCAAGUAUGGGAUCUGGUGCUAUUGCCAUGUCCCUCCCCUUUUCUUGUAUACUUGGUCUUCUUGCAAGCAUGACAGCUACAACCAUGGUGAGGAGAAAUCAUGUUUGGAUUUAUGGAACCAUGCAGUUUGUUUUGGUGGUUCUUGCUGGACAUCUUCUCUAUUCAUUGGCUCAUAUGGAAGCUGUUUUGGCAAUCCUACUAGCUACAUUUGCUGGAUUUGGAUCUGUAAUGUGUGGAACAUGUAUACUUAUGGAUAUCAUGAAAUGGAGGAGAAGAUGGCUUGCUCAGUUGAAUCAACAGAAUGGAGGUUCCGAAGCAGUGGCUCCGCCUGAUCAAUCAUCUGCAGCGACCCAUCAAACUCAAAUUGAUCCUCAACAGAAUGAGUUGACAGCAUAAUAUUUUUUCACAAUUUCUUGAAUGCUGGCAUCAUUAAGAUCUGAUGUCUUACUUACAUAAAGUUGGUAUUGUAUAGACAACUUUGAGCACGUUGCUUUCUUGUAUGCCAUUGUAGAUUUAGGAACAGAAAUUUUCAUGUGUGCAGAAUCUCUCAUCAGAAACAAAGAAAGUUGAUAUUUGUAUACAUAGCAGAUUGCCGGGUCACCGGUCAUAUGUAUGUAUAUUUUUUUUUUAACUGCAAA